ACAGACUAAGAUGCCCGCGAAAGGCAAAUACUUCUUCCACGAGAACGACGGCUGCAAGAUCACCGACCCCUUGUACGAGAAGUACCGCUACUCGAGCCAACAGCACCCGCUCCUGCUCUUCUUGCUGGGCAUCGCCUUCGCCUACUGCGUGACGCUCAUCGUGGUCCUCUGCGCCAAGGACGACCCACGUGAGCACCCGGCCUUCACUGCUACUGUGUGCACGGCUUUGGUGAUCUUUCUUAUCAUCUAUGUCCUGGUUUACAUCGAAUCUUUAUUCUGGUGCCGGCUGAAGCUGUUUGCUGCUGUGAUUUGGAUCUGCUUGCUGGUUUUAGGAUACGUGUCCGUGUUCGAUAAGGGAAAAGCCCCUCAAGUCUCAGCAUGGGAACAGGUCCCAUUCUUUCUGUUCAUAAUUUUCACUGCUUACACCAUGCUGCCUUUUGGAAUGAGAGAUGCUAUCAUCGUUAGCAGUAUUUCAGCUCUGUCUCAUAUUGUUGUCCUGACCAUCACGGCCCACGAUGGAGAGCAGGAAAACCCUCUCGUGUUUCAAGUGCUUGCCAAUGCAUUCAUCUUCCUUUGCGGCAACCUAAUGGGGGCGUUUCACAAGCAUCAGAUCCAAGACGCUUCUCUGGAUUUGUACAGGUACACUUUAAAAUGCAUCCAAGUCCAGAUGAAGCUGAAGAUUGAAAAGAGGCAGCAGGAAAGUUUGCUUUUGUCAAUACUGCCAGCUCAUAUCUCUAUGGGAAUGAAACUAGCCAUCAUAGAACGCCUCAAAGAAACCAACGAUAGGAAGAAGCAUGACAACAACUUCCACAGCCUGUAUGUGAAACGCCAUCAGAAUGUGAGUAUCCUGUACGCGGACAUCGUGGGAUUCACUCGGCUGGCGAGCGACUGCUCUCCCAAAGAGCUGGUUGUGAUGCUGAAUGAGCUCUUUGGAAAAUUUGAUCAAAUUGCAAAGGAAAAUGAAUGCAUGAGGAUAAAGAUCCUAGGGGACUGUUAUUAUUGCGUCUCGGGCUUACCAGUGUCCUUGCCUGUACAUGCCAAGAACUGUGUGAAAAUGGGACUCGACAUGUGUGAAGCUAUAAAGCAGGUGAGAGAAGCCACGGGCGUCGACAUCAACAUGAGAGUCGGCAUUCAUUCUGGGAAUGUCCUUUGUGGUGUGAUUGGCCUCCGGAAAUGGCAGUACGACGUUUGGUCUCACGAUGUCUCCUUGGCGAAUCGUAUGGAGUCCGCAGGAAUUCCUGGUCGUGUUCACAUCACCGAAGCAACGCUAAAUCACCUAGGCAAAGCCUAUGAAGUGGAAGAGGGCAAUGGACAACUAAGAGACCCUUACCUCAAAGCCAUGAAUAUCACAACUUACUUGGUUAUUGAUCCAAGGUCCAAGCAACGUUCCUCCAAUAACCAUCAGAUCUCCGAAGCCAGAGUGCACGACGGGCUGAAGAUCAGAGCCUCCGUCCGGAUGACCCGAUAUUUGGAGUCUUGGGGGGCUGCCCGGCCUUUUGCUCACCUCAACCACCGAGAGAGCGUGAGCAGCGACACCUCCGCACCAGGCAGGAAGCGCCGGAAGGAGAUAACGCUGCAUUUGGCAAACUGGCAGAGAGCUUCAGAGAGUCUGGAUGGCUAUAGGACAGAACGCGCGUGUCCUCCUUCCGUUGUAAACUAUAAAAACACCUCUCAGAAGGGACGGAUGGAAGAAGAUAUUCAUGACAAAAUGCUGUCAACCAUUGAAGGACUCAGUUCAGCCAAGCCCUGGUGUGGUAGGACAGAUGACUUUCGUGGGCUGUGUGGAUUUUUGCUCUUUUUCGUCGAGAUGGGACUCGAAAAAGAGUAUCGCACCAUCUCCAUCCCGAAACUGAGGAGCUAUUUUGUCUGCGCCAGCGUUGUGCUGCUGUGUAUGUUUCUGGUGCAGAUCUUCAUCAUGCCAAGAACUGCAAAAUCAGGGAUUUCGUUUGGAAUCGUAGCCAUCAUAAUGGGACUUAUUUUGUGCAUUUGUUUUGCCGAUAAAUGUUGGAGAAGCUGCUCGGAACGGUGGCCGCCCAUGCAAUAUCUGUGCACGUUUUCGAAGAAAGUCAAGACGAUGCCGACCGUGAGACUCCCGCUGGCUGCCAUUGCAAUCGGCUCUUUGUUAAUCAUAGCCGUUUUCAACGUGGUAAUCUUGCUUUUGCCGGCAACGACCCAGCCCACUGGAAACUAUAAUGCGUCAUCUAAUGAAUCAGCCACCCCGGCAAACCAUCUGGCUGGGAAAAGUGUUGUCACAAUCUACUCGUAUUAUACCUAUUGCUGCCUCCUGGGGUUUAUUGCUUGCUCCGUCUUCCUCCGGAUGAGCUUUGAACUCAAGCUUAUCCUUUUGUCGGGAGCCGUCGUUGGAUACUUCAUCAUUUUUAAUACCUGGCAGCCGCUGAACGCUAAGAACACCACCCAAGGGUUUAUUAUGAAAGACCCAAGAAUAAUGACCAAUUUGUAUCUGGCUUUGUUCUACGUAACCCUAGUUCUUCUAUCGAAACAGAUCGACUAUUACUGCCGGCUAGACUGCCUACAAAAGAAUAAAUUUAAAAAAGAACAUGAGGAGUUUGAAACCAUGGAGAACGUCAACAGGCUGUUGCUGGAGAACGUCCUCCCAGCUCACGUUGCUGCCCAUUUUAUCGGGGACAAACUGAACGAGGAUUGGUACCAUCAGUCCUACGACUGCGUCUGCGUCAUGUUCGCCUCGGUCCCGGACUUCAAGGUGUUCUACACGGAGUGCGACGUCAACAAGGAGGGACUGGAAUGCCUUCGCCUACUCAACGAAAUUAUUGCCGAUUUUGACGAGCUGCUGUUAAAGCCUAAGUUCAGCGGCGUUGAAAAAAUCAAGACCAUUGGCAGCACGUAUAUGGCCACAUCAGGGCUUUGUGUCACGCCGGGCCAAGAGAACAAUCUGGACCAGGAAAGGCAGCACGCUCAAAUCGGCGUCAUGGUGGAGUUUGCGCUGGGCUUGAUGACUAAGCUGGACGGCAUCAACAGGCAUUCCUUCAACAACUUCCGUCUCCGAGUUGGCAUAAACCAUGGGCCUGUAAUAGCAGGCGUGAUCGGCGCUCGCAAGCCUCAGUACGACAUCUGGGGAAACACGGUCAAUGUCGCCAGCAGAAUGGAGAGCACUGGGGAACUUGGGAAAAUCCAGGUUACAGAAGAGACAUGCAGAAUACUGGAGAGCCUGGGAUAUGCCUGUGAAUGCCGAGGACUCAUUAACGUCAAGGGGAAGGGAGAGCUGAGGACUUACUUUGUCUGCACAGAUACAGCCAAAUCGCAAGUGCUUUGACUUGAAGGGGGAAGCUGUGGAAAGCUUUUGGUCGUAUCGUCUCUCUCGUCGUUCGUGUUCUUGAAUUAACUUCCCUUCUGGGAAGCCUGAGAACUCUGCCUCCUCACGUUAAGGAGCUAAUUCCAAAAUGCCCUGUGAAAGGCACUACUACCAUCUCAAUAACUUGCUCAAGCUCAGAGUGCAGGAAGCUUCUGAAGGAUGUUUACAGUCGCAUCUGCUCCCGUUUCCAGCCCAGAUGACUGGAGAAGUGCAGAUGACUGGGGAAGGCAAUGGCAAACCACCCUGUAAAAAGUUUGGAAAAUUUCUUCUCCAUGAAUUGUUUCCUCCUUUCCCUGCCAACAAGGAACACAAUAAUGUGCUCCCCUGCGCAUAACUUUGUGGACUCGGGGUUGAACCAGUUGCCUCAUGAAAACAUUUGACUGCCUCUUCCUUCAUCAGACCUGCUGAACAGUAUUGUAGGACAGAUGCCCGACUGCAGGAAAAACUCAUUUUGGGAUACUUUUUCUGUGCAAUGCGUUUUCCUGAACAGAAGAUAACAGGAUCAGAAGGAAGCGUCAUCUGAAGAACUUUUAGUAGAUUGUGUGAUAAACUCCAGUAGUAUGUAUUGAA